CCAAGUCCUCCAGGUUCAGGUGAGCACACGUUCAUGGACCGCCUAUCUGCAGUGUCACAGCAGUUGUCCUCUACCUCCUCAUCCCUCCUUCAUCUGGUACAAAAAUGGAGAGAGAAUUCACGCAGGAACAUCUUCUUCUUAUUCAAACGUCUUUGACUAUCCAGACAGUUACUCCUGUGCUCUACAAGGACACGAGGAUUCCCCCUCUCCUCCAGUCUGUGCCUAUGGUAAUCAGUGUAACAGAGUGACGUACACUGACAGAAGAAUCUGUGCUCCCAAAGGCUCAUCAGUGGACAUCUCUUGUACUUACAACAGUUAUGGAGCGAUCACAUCAAAAUUCUGGUUCAGUCCUAAACUCAGUGUGAACUGGCAGAGUCCCUCUCGACCUGAGGACCUGAUUGUGGACUCCCAGUAUGCAGGUCGUGUUCAGGUCCUUGAAACAAAGAGAGGACACUCUGCUCUGAGAAUCUCUGACCUGAGAGAGAGCGACUCAGCAGAAUAUCGCUUCAGAUUCACUUCAGGACGCUUUAAAUGGGGAAGCAGUUUAUCUGGUACAACUCUGACUGUCACAGCUUUACAGGUACAGGUGAUAAAAGCUGGAGAGUCUUACACCAACGUAGAGCUGAGGUGUCUCAGCAGCUGCAGUCCACCAGGUCAUCUUUCAUACGUCUGGUUCAGGAACAGAGAGAAAAUGUAUGAGGAGACAUCUUCUUAUACAGGCCGGAUUUAUCUUGGAGAUGAAAUCUCCUGUGCUUUCUACGGACAUGAAGGAUUCCCCUCUCCUCCAGUGUAUGCUCCAAAGACUACCUCUGUGUUACAAAGACCCUCUGGUGAGGUAGUGGAGAACACUUCAGUGACUCUGAACUGCAGCAGUGAUGCUAACCCAGCAGCAGUUACAUAUACCUGGUACAAGAACGGAAAUCCAGACUUUAAACCUUUCAGUAAAGAAGCCCAGCUUGUCUUCCGCUCCAUCCAGCCCUCUGACUCUGGAGAGUAUCACUGUGAAGCUGAGAACCAGCUGGGAAAGAGAACAUCUGAGCACCUUACCAUCGAUGUGAAAUAUGCUCCGAAGCUUCCCUCUGUGUCAGUGAGUCCCUCUGCUGAGAUAGUGGAGAACAGUUCAGUGACUCUGACCUGCAGCAGUGAUGCUAACCCAGCAGCAGUUACAUACACCUGGUACAAGAACGGAAAUCCAGACGUCCAACCUUUCAGUAAAGAAGCCCAGCUUGUCUUGCGCUCCAUCCAGCCCUCUGACUCUGGAGAGUAUCACUGUGACGCUGUGAACAAACUGGGAAAGGGAACAUCUGAGCACCUUACCAUUGAUGUGAAAUAUGGUCCAAAGCUUCCCUCAGUGUCAGUGACUGGUGAGAUAGUGGAGGGCAGUUCAGUGAGUCUGACUUGUAAGAGUGAUGCUAACCCAGCAGCUACUAACACCUGGUACAAGGAGGACCACACACCUCUUCAAGGACAGGAAGGCAUUCAUUCUUUCACCUCUCUCGGGUUGAAGGACAGUGGGAUCUACUACUGCAAGUCUGAGAAUGGUUAUGGACAAAAGAACUCCACAUCUGUUCACAUAGAUGUCCAGUAUCCUCCAAGGCUUCCCUCUGUGUCAAUGCAUCCUGGUGAGAUUAUGGAGGGCAGUUCAGUGACUCUGAACUGUAGCAGUGAUGCUAACCCAGCAGCUAACUACACCUGGUACAAGGGAAAUGAUCGUACACCUCAAGGAUCCGGACCAGUCUUCACCAUCAAUGAUGUUAGAUCUGAACACAGUGGGGGUUAUUAUUGUGAAGCUGACAACAGAAGAGGGCGCCACAACUCCACCUUACAUUUUGUUGUUGUGUCAAGUUCAAUGAAAUCAGUCGCUGCUGGAUCAAUCUUUGCCAUUUUCCUGGUUAUCAUUUUCCUCUUAGUCAUCCUAUUCAUAAGGAGAAAGAGAUCCUCAAAGGAAACCAACCAGCCUGGAGAAAGUCCGGACAACAAUGGAGAGCUAAACAUGGCUUCACAAAGUGAACCAGCAGAGGAACUUUGCUACGCCAGUGUGCGCUUCUCCAACAACCAGGAAGAGGCCCUCUACUCCAACUUUUCACCAGCUAAGCCAAACAGACCCAAGAAGAAGAAGGAGGAUGAAGAUGGGGACGAUGUAGAAUACGCGAGGGUCAACAUUAAGAGUAAAAGGCCUUCCUCAAGAUCAAGAACCCAAAUGACGGAGGAGGAUGUGUCUGCAUUGUACAGCACAGUCGUCCGAACACCAAGAGUGUGAGCACAACAUGGAUCAAAGGUUUAUCACGCCCCAGUGUCAGAGAGACACAUUUCUCAGGACUUAAUGCACAGAAGAAGAAGAAUUUAAACCGAUAGAUCAUUUUGAUAAUUUGAUAAGUAUUUGGAAGAUCAUACUUAUCAUGCCUCACAGCAGCAUCUUGUCCUUAAAGGCCACCGUCGCUUAAACAACGGGUGGGGUGAGCUUUGAUUUCUUGCCAAACAAUAAUUUUUAUCUUAUGCUAAAAAAACAGUAAUCAUCUAAAGGCUUACCUUUUAGGAGCUUUGACUACAGCUUUUAGACUGCAGUCAUCUUGUUUUUGGAGCCUGAAGUGACCAUAUAUGGACCAGGGGGAUGAGCUCUGAAGAGAGGAAGAAGAUAGCAGAUGCUAAAUUAUUUAAGUUAUAAAGUCGAUGCUAAAGGUUAAUUUACUUGCUUGUAAUUUGCAUGUCUAACAAAUCAGAUAUGAGAAUUUGCUGAUUAAAGCUGGGGUUGGUAAUCAGAUUUAGAUCCACUUUUUGUCAUACUGGUUAAAAUGAUCUUUAUGUCC